AUGUCCAGAGCCGCAGCCGUCGCGGCCGCAGCGGCGGUCAUGCAGCAGCAGGGCUACAGUUCGGCCGAGGCCCUCCAGUAUGCGUACCAAACCGCUUCGGAUGGUGGAAGCGUCAUUCAGUACCCAUUCGGCAUGGGUCUCGGAUCUCUGCAGUUGGCUCAAAUGGGGUCGCUCCUGCAAGCGGGCCAGCAGUACGCGCUGCUCUCGGGAGCCGAGGACGCCGUCUACGUCAAUCAGAAACAGUUUCAUCGAAUCCUGAAGCGGCGACAAGCACGGAUGAAGCUGGAGGCCAAAUUCAAGAUCAUGCCUCGCAAGGAGUGGCUGCACGACUCCAGGCACAAGCACGCCAAGAACAGGCAGCGUGGGCCUGGUGGACGCUUCCUUAGCAAAGCCGAACGCGACAAGCUCGGGAUGGACGAUGACUACGACGGCGAGGGCUACGGGGAUGAGGGCGGAUCGUCCUCGCCGCCCAACCCCACCUCCCCGGCUCCUAGCAAUUUCGUCGGCUGA